AUGGCGCCCACAUUACUCUGGAUCGGCCUGGGCAACAUGGGCCGGGCCAUGUGCAAGAACAUUGUCGAAAAGGGCAAUCUUGACUCACCACUUCUCAUUUACAAUCGCUCUCGGCAGCGCGCUGUCGAUCUGAGCCAGAAGCUUCCCGCCGGCAAGACGGAGGUGGUAGAGUCGCUCGUCGAAGGCGUGGCCAAGGCCGACGUCAUCUUCACCUGCGUAGCGAAUGACGCGGCCGUCAGCCAAACCAUCGACACGGCGCUGCAGGCCGACGUCGCUGGUAAGCUCUUCAUUGAGUGCUCGACGAUCCACCCGAACGCGACGCAAGCGACGGCGGACAAGCUCCUCGCGCGGACCGCCGAGUUUGUCGCCGCGCCCGUGUUUGGCGCGCCCGCCGCGGCCGAAGCCGGCCAGCUUAUUGCCGUGCUCGCGGGCCCGCCGGUGAGCGUCAACCGCGCGCGGCCCUGGUUCGUGGGCGUGACGGCGCGCGCCGAGAUUGACCUCGCAGGCGCGGCCUACGGCAAGGCCACGACGCUCAAGGUGAUUGGUAACACGUUUAUCCUCAACAUGGUCGAGCAGCUGGCCGAGGCGCACGUGCUGGCGGAAAAGUCGGGCCUGGGCACGCAGCACUUGCACGAGCUUGUAUCGGCGCUUUUUCCGGGGCCGUACGCGGCGUACAGCACACGCAUGCUCACGGGGGAUUACUACAAGCGCGAGGAGCCGCUUUGGGCCGUGGACCUCGCGCGCAAGGAUGCGCGGCACGCAAAGACGCUGGCGGAGGCAGCGGGCACGAAGGUGCAGAAUGUCGAGACGGCUGACGCGCAUCUGGCAAGCCUCAAGGAGCACGCGGGCCCAUCGGGCGACAUUGCGGGCAUCUAUGGCGUGGUGCGAAAGGAGGCCGGUCUGAAGUUUGGGAAUGGUGCAUAG